AUGUUGAUCGGAGCUAAUAUUUGCAACCCGGGGAUUAUGUUCCCGGGUUUCGUGCAGAACCCGAUGAAAAGUGUCGUCCAUAGCAGGCAGGAGUCAAAUGCUAGUACGAUGCCGUCUACGCCCGUUCAUUCGGCGGCCAAUACUAACCGAGCUUCUCCUUUGACGCCUGCCGAGAGGACGGGCGCACCGCCCGGCGCCGGAAAGGAUGCUGUGAAACUUUUCAUCGGACAAAUACCCAGGCAUUUAGAGGAGAACGACCUUCGCCCGAUGUUUGAGGAGUUCGGCAAGAUUUAUGAGCUAACGGUCCUCAAGGAUAAACACACCGGCAUGCAUAAAGUUUUGAUAAGCGCGUGUGAGCACGUGUGCGGCGCGAGCGCGCAUGUGGUGGUGAGCACGCAUGCGUGCGGCGCGUGUGACGUCACGGCUCCGUCGCCGCGUCGCGCCGCGUCAGUCGUGCCUCCACCGGCCGCGCACACGCCCGCCCCACGCGUCGCCGCGUACGCCAAGCCGCGUAAACAAUAA